AUGCAGCCAGAACGCCGGAAGUCACGGAGAACUGCUAACGCGUGCAUUGCUUGCCGUCAGAGCAAGAUAAAAUGCUCUGGUGAUGAACCGUGUUCCAACUGCAAACGGCGCUUGAUUCCCUGCCGAUUCACUGACGGGGGCAACAAGGUCGUCGUAUCUGAAAAGUUUGUCUUCCCAUCCCCACUCUCGGUUUCAACCAGCGUCAUAUUGCUCGGACCAGGAGGCCUCGCGCUCUAUUAA